AUGUCAGUACCAAGCCAGAGACCGACACAGCCUCCGAGGCAUUCGCAUCUUUCGACGUCGAUCGUUCCUGGGCUUGUUCCCCAGGGAGGCUUUCCUCAACAUCAUGGUCUGAGUCAAGAAGAUAUCGACGGCCUCUUUAGCUUCGAUGCCUUUCCACAGCAGAACUUCGACGAAUGGUCGCGUCAGGUUUCGGCGGAGGAAAUGUGGCAGCAAGACCACGGCCUCUUUGAGGGGUUUUGGGCCUCGGGUCCUGGGGUCGACCACCAGGGUGCCUCGCCUAUGUCAAUAUCAGGGCACGUCGGCCAGCAUGGCCCGAGGAAAGUGUCCACCCCGGACUACCCUACCAACGGUAUGCCAUAUGGAUUGCGGCUGGAAUAUGACGGCAACGAUGAGCUCCCGGUCGGCGGAGAGGGUGUGGGUGACCGUCAGGAACGCCAGCGAAGCGAAGCCACCGACAACAAUAGCACCGGUGCUGAAUCGACGAAGGCGGAUUCCCCGAGCGAGCAGAAACGAAAAAUGCAGAACCGGCAAGCUCAACGCGCCUUUCGGGAACGCAAGGUGAAAUAUGUGCAGGACCUGGAGAAGCAAGUCAAGGAUCUCCUGCUCUAUGCCGAGUCGUUGAAGCAUGAGAACCAAAUGUUGAGGGCGCGAGGGCAGUGGUUGAGCAACCAGCUGAAGAGCCUGCACCGGCAAGCGUCGUCAAAGCGUGGUCCAUCAUGA